AUGGAGGAGUUAUUGAAUUUGAUGCAGGGGCAUCUGAUGGUCCAGCAGUACGUGGCAAAGUUUACUGAACUAUCGCGCUUUGCCCCAUACAUUGUCCCAGACGAGGCUAAGAAGGCAAGGAAGUUUGAGAGAGGUUUGAGGACCGUUGUAGCUGAGGUGAGCAAGCAGAAGGGUGUGGGGAUGCAGAGUCAAAGAAAGAGGCCCACGCCUCUUGGAUUUCAGGCAGGUACCAACCAAGGCCCAUGGAUAGAAAACUGGUAUGGCGGAACUCAGAGGCAAGUGAUGGGGAACCGUGGGUAUCAAGGUGAGCAGACUUAUCCCAUCUACCCUAGAUAUGACAAGAGAAAUGUGGGAGAAUGCUGUGUGGGAGAGAAUGUUUGCUAUUGGUGUGGGAGACCUGGACACAUCGCGUAG